AUGCCAGCUCCGAUCAGAUUGCGGGAGCUGAUCCGAACUAUCCGGACAGCGCGGACCCAAGCGGAGGAGCGCGAAAUGAUCCAGAAAGAAUGUGCUGCUAUCCGCUCAUCUUUUCGAGAAGAAGACAACACAUAUCGUUGCAGAAAUGUGGCUAAGCUCCUUUAUAUGCACAUGUUGGGCUACCCGGCGCACUUUGGGCAGCUUGAGUGCCUGAAGCUGAUUGCAUCCCAAAAGUUUACUGACAAGCGAAUAGGUUAUUUGGGCGCGAUGCUGCUCUUGGACGAGAGGCAGGACGUGCAUCUAUUAAUGACGAAUUGCAUUAAGAACGAUUUGAAUCACAGCACACAGUACGUCCAGGGACUGGCGUUGUGCACUUUGGGCUGUAUGGGCUCCUCAGAAAUGUGCCGUGACCUUGCGGGGGAGGUCGAGAAGCUGCUCAAAACAUCCAACUCUUACUUGAGAAAAAAGGCGGCGCUAUGUGCAGUUCACGUCAUCAGAAAGGUUCCUGAACUCAUGGAAAUGUUCCUUCCAGCCACAAAAAACCUGCUGAGCGAGAAGAACCAUGGUGUUCUCCAUACAUCCGUUGUCCUCCUUACUGAGAUGUGUGAGAGAAGUCCUGACAUGCUGUCUCACUUCAGAAAGAAUGAGAAGCUUGUUCCACAAUUGGUGAGAAUCCUAAAGAACCUAAUCAUGUCUGGAUACUCGCCGGAGCAUGAUGUUUCGGGCAUCAGCGAUCCUUUCCUACAGGUGCGGAUAUUGAGACUACUUCGAAUUUUAGGCAGGAGUGACGAUGACUCCAGUGAAGCUAUGAAUGACAUUCUUGCACAGGUUGCAACUAACACUGAGACAAGUAAAAAUGUGGGCAAUGCCAUUCUUUACGAGACUGUGCUGACCAUCAUGGAUAUCAAGUCAGAAAGUGGACUGAGGGUAUUGGCCAUUAAUAUAUUAGGUCGAUUCCUCCUUAAUAAUGACAAAAAUAUAAGAUAUGUGGCAUUGACAUCGCUAUUAAAGACGGUACAGACGGACCACAACGCUGUGCAGAGGCAUCGGAGUACAAUUGUGGAUUGCUUAAAAGACCUUGAUGUCUCUAUUAAAAGACGUGCAAUGGAAUUGAGCUUUGCCCUGGUGAACGGCAACAACAUCAGAGGCAUGAUGAAAGAGCUGCUCUACUUCCUGGACUCGUGCGACCCAGAAUUCAAAGCAGACUGCGCUUCAGGAGUCUUUCUAGCGGCAGAAAAGUAUGCCCCGUCAAAAAGAUGGCACAUAGACACCAUAAUGCGAGUUCUGACAACAGCAGGCAGUUAUGUGCGUGAUGACUCCGUGCCCAACCUUAUCCAGCUCAUCACAAACAGUGUCGAAAUGCACGCAUACACCGUGCAAAGACUUUAUAAAGCCCUUCUGGAUGACAUUUCACAGCAACCUCUUGUACAAGUGGCAUCCUGGUGCAUAGGAGAGUAUGGCGAUCUACUGGUUUCUGGACAAUGUGAAGAGGAGGAGCCCAUCCAGGUGAGUGAAGAUGAGGUUCUGGAUGUGCUGGAAGGGCUCCUCGUAUCUAAUCUUUCCUCGCCUGUAACUCGAGGCUAUUCUCUUACCGCCAUCAUGAAGCUGUCUACUCGCUUCAGCGGUGUCAAUCGAAUCAAGAAGGUGGUCUCAAUAUACGGAAGCAGCAUUGAUGUGGAACUGCAACAGAGAGCAGUGGAGUACAACGCACUUUUCAAGAAAUACGACCACAUGAGGCCAGCUCUCCUCGAGCGAAUGCCCAUAAUGGAAAAAGCAGCCACUAAUGGCCCCACAGAGAUCGUGCAGACAAAUGGAGAGACAGAACCUUCUGUUGGGGAACCCAAACAUCCACCACCUGUCAGUCAGCCAGCCAACCAGGCAAAUGAUUUAUUAGACCUGCUGGUUGGUAAUGAUGUGGUGCCAGUAAUCCAUACCACAGUGCCCCCGAAGCCUGCGUCAUCUGGAGGAGAACUCCUGGACCUGCUGGUUGAUAUCUCACUAAGUGGCGGUCCAACCCCUGCUCCUGCUCCCUCUGUCCCCGCCUCCCAACCCCCUUUUCUUCUGGAUGGCCUUUCCUCACAGCCCCUCUUUAAUGACAUUGCAGCUGCAGGUAUUCCCCCUAUGACGGCCUACAACAAGAAUGGCCUGAAAAUCGACUUCACGUUUGAGAGAGCGAACCCCAACCCCAACGUCGCCGUCAUCACCAUCCACGCUUCUAACUCCACAGAAGCAGACAUGACAGAUUUUGUUUUUCAGGCUGCAGUACCAAAGACAUUCCAGCUGCAGCUCCUGUCCCCCAGCAGUAAUGUCGUCCAAGCGCUCAACCAGGGAACCGUCACACAGGUCAUCAGAGUCCUCAACCCACAGAAACAACAACUGCGGAUGAGGAUCAAGCUGACGUACACCCACAAAGGCUCGCCUGUGCAAGACCUGGCCGAGGUCAAUAACUUCCCCCCUCAAUCGUGGCAGUGA